GAGGGUUAAAUCGCAAAGUGGCUCUCCCUUUAUUUAGAACUUUUGGUGAUGCUACACGGAACAUCAAAUUCAGCACGAUGUUUUCUUCAACAUCUUAGUUAUUUAAUAGUUGUAACGGUGAGUUGGUACUCUCUGCUACUGCCAAUGCAAAUGUCCAGUUGAUUCUGUUAUUUAAACAAUUGGACUUUGAUGUCAUUGGCGGAAGUGGGGGCACUGACCCGCGAUUGCUGCUAACAGCGAACGACGGCUCGUGUGUGGAUACGUGUAUUAUUUAACAAGAUUCUCUAUUAAAGGUAGUCAAAAUGGUGCGACAAAAACGUAAACACUCAACAGACAGUACAGGUAGCUGUGAUGAUAGUAGAAAGUGUCCACAUUUGACCAAUUUAAUGUUACCAGUAGGUCAAGAGGUUGUGAUUAAGAGUGAGCCCAUUGAUGCACCUGCAGAGGAAAGUCCCACAUAUCCGAGCAGUGAUGUUGAUGAUGAUGCUGGAAUUGAUGUAGAUGAAUCUGAAUUUUAUAAACGCCUUAAAAUGGAGUUGGACAGUGAAAAUGGUAGUAGUAGCAGAGAUUCCUGGGAUGAGAGAAUAGCAGACAGCAGACAUAUUAGUACUGAGAAAAAAGAAGGGCAACAGUCUCAGUGUGAAAUCAGUCCAUCUGAGGAAACAACUGUUCAUAAUAACAAGAUGAAGGAAUUGACAUUACAAAGGAAAGACAGUAUAGGAACAAAGACUGUAGCUCAGGUUAAUGAAAACAUUAGUAAUGCGGAGGACAUUGUUGAGUCACAAGUGUGUACUAACACUGUCACUCAAAAUGGAAAUGAACAUUGUACUGAAGAAAGUGAUUCCACAAAGGAGAUAAAUAUUUCUAGUGAAAAUGUUACUGCAGGCAGGGAAAGAGAGAGUGCGGCACUUGAAAUGAACCAUGUAGUAACAGAAGAAAGUGAGUGCCACAAAGAAAUAGAGGAAAGUACAAGUCAUACAAUAGUAGAAGAAAGUGGAGAUGAAAGAAAUGACGAUGAUGAACAUGAUGGUACCCAAGAAAGUGAUCAACAACAAGGCAGGGACUCUUCCUGUGCUGGAGAUGAAUCCAUGGCAUUACGAGAGUUUGAUGUCCUGGAUGAAUUUGACCAUAAUGAUGAAGAGGAAGAUGACCAGGAUGAUUAUAACCAAUCAGAUGAUGAUUCAGAGGUACCUGAUGAAGAAAUAGAAGCUAUGUUAGAGGAAGGUCUACCAGAAGAAUUCAAGAAGAAAGCUAAAAAUGGAGAGAAUGGAGAAAAUGGGGAGAACGGUGAACCAACAUUCAAAGAAAGGAAAAAAGUUGUUUUAGAAGAACUGGAUCAUAAUCAUUUUGAGAUGCUGCCUGAUGGUUGGGUUCAAGUGAAUCACAAUAGUGGUAUGCCUGUUUUCCUGCAUAAACAAACACGUGUAUGUACACUUGCCAAACCAUACUUCCUUGGACCUGGAAGUGCAAGGAAACAUGAGAUUCCACUGAGUGCUAUACCGUGCUUGCAGUAUCGCCGUGCCCUGGAAGCAAAGAAUGCAGCUACUGAAAGCAGCUCAGGAAACCAGUCAGAAAAAGCUGAUGCGACACAACUGGAAAAUAAUUCUGGAUUUCCAAAUGCCUCCAUUGAAACUCUUCAAGAGAACAAAGAGAAACAGUCACUAAGCCCUAUACAAGUCAGAGAAUAUUGUGAGAAGCUUUUCCAGUUUAAAGUUGUUAAAGUUCUGAGAUUUAAGUCCUGGACGGAAAGAAGGAAAUAUACUAAACAAAAGAAGCAAUAUUUACAACUACAGCGGCCAACUUUGCCAGAAGGAACAAAGCUCAUAAAAUUUCCUAUUCAGAAUGCAGGUUGUCGAGAAAAUGGUCAUCCAAGGAAAGAGUGGAUUAUGAAUCCAAAUGGAAAGAGUUAUGUUUGCAUACUUCAUGAGUAUGUCCAGCAUGCAUUGAAAAAGCAACCUUCUUACAAAUUUAAGGAGCUAGAAAAUGCAGGUACACCCUAUUCAGCUACAGUAUCAAUAAAUGGCAUGCAGUAUGGAGUUGGAUAUGGGACAAGCAAAAAACAAGCAAAAUCAGAAGCUGCAAAAGCAACCCUGGAAAUUUUGAUUCCUGAAAUGAGAGAAAAAAUUCAGUCAAGUGACAGAGGUGGGGCAAAAACUGAACAUGGAUCAUCAGACUCAUACCUAUCUAUAUUUGAUGAAAUCAAGAUCGAAGAUCCACGAGUAGCUGAACUUUGUGCCAAAACUACAGAACCAUCUCCAUAUGCAAUACUCCUCACAUGUUUACAAAGAAACUUUGGAAUGGGAGAAAUGCAUAUAAAAUAUGAAGUAAAUGCUCUAAGGCAUCAAAGAAAUGAAUUCAUGAUGACUGUUGGUCGUCACACAGCAAAAGUUAUAUGUAAGAACAAAAGAGAUGGAAAACAAAGGGCAUCACAAUCUAUUUUGCAGGCCCUACAUCCUCAUAUUACAAGCUGGGGGUCUUUAUUACGACUCUAUGGCAGUCGUUCAGUGAAAAGCAUGAAGGAGAAAAAACAGGAAGAACAGGAGAUUACAUUGCUGCAAAGUAAAGCUGCAAUUAAUUCUCCAAAUUUUGCAAUAUUGAACAAACUAAAGACUGAAAUGAAAAAACUAAAGGCUAUGAAGGCUUCCAUUCAGCCAAUUGGAAAAUUUAUUCCCCCUGAUGAUGUGGAUUUACCUUCAUCCUCUGGAGUUGAUUUGAACAGUGUUGACCUCUGACCUUCAUCAGCUCUCACCCAAACAAACUGUAAUGACUGUGGUUAUCCAUACACUAGCGAAUAAUAGACAAAAAGUUAAACUUACUGAAAUUACUGAGCUGGUGCCACCACUUAAAAGAAAGUUCUGAAACUUGAGUCUUCGCAAAGUGGAGUUUCCUCUUUUUCAGCAGAAAAGUAAAAUGAGACGGCAGCAAAAUAAGUUGUUCAUAAUUCCACAUUAACAUUAAGAAAAGUAAAAUGCAAUAGAGAAGCUUAUACACUUGUUAAAUUCCACUACUGCUAUUACCAUGUUUAACAUGUGUAGGUUUGUGUGUAUUGUAUCAUCUUCUUAAACAUUCUUGUUUUUCCUCCUCCACCUCUUUAGAUUCUGCAAGAGAUUUCUGUAAUUCAAGUGCCCAAGACCCAGCACACCUCUGUUUUUGCAAAUGUUAUCACCAAUUCUUUAAUAUUUAUUAUCUUUAAUGCAAAUAUUUUAUGUAUGAUUUAAAGAAAACGUUAUUUUUAUUUUAAAAAUUAAUGUCUUCUUCAAAUGCCACAUGUAGAGUCCAAAAUUAGAAUCAGGUCUUAUAAAUUUUUAUUGUUGCCGAUGUGAAAAUUAUUGCUGUGUAUCCUUGUCUCAGUAGUUACAGGUCAAAGGGUGAAAGAAAUUAACAACACUUGUUUCAUUUAGCAGUUCUCUAAAAAGUUUUAAGUUACUAUUUUGGUAUGAGAAAGAAUUUUUAUUUUAGAACCAACUAUUUCAUCAAAACAUGCUGGCCAAUGUUUUAUUUUAAUGGACAUUACUAGUAUGAUUUGUAUAUUAUUACUUUUCUAGUCAUAAGGAAACAUAGGUUUUUGUAUGUAUUUUUCUGCAAAUUAUGUAAAGUGAAUGAUGAUGACAAUUUUACUUGUAAUGUGGUUUGAGUGUAAUGAACUGUGUUUGGAGAAGAGUAAGUAGUGGAAGUAGGUGAUUGGUUGUUUCACAUUAAAUAUGACUUGAAGUGAAUCACAUAAUUUUGUAAGAUCUUUCAACAUUAAUGCUCAGGAUUUCCUAAAUUAAAAUGUUUAAUAAUUACAAGAUUGUAAUAUAUACAUGUUGACUGGACAAUUAUUUAUAAUGCAAAAGUAAAAGAAGACCUUCAAAUACAUCAGAACUAACUGUAACUUAUAUAUUUUGUACAUUAAUUUUUAUAGAUUUGUGGUGGUAUCAUUAUAUCAGUUUCAGUGAAAGUGUGGUGCUAUGAAAACUUUCACGUUUUUAUAACUGUUCUUCAGUUUAGUUGUUCUUAUUUAGAAUUAGUUAAACUAACUAUCUUGUUGCACAAUAUAAUCAUUUAUUACAGUAACAAAAAUUCCAUACAAUAUCAUUGUGUUUUUAAACCAACAGAAUCCAGUUUACAGUUGCAGGUAAUGACAACAUAAUCACACCUUACAUAAUAGUAACAAGUGUUAUGUAAUGCAUAAUGAAGUUAGUAAUUUUUUUGUGACACUUCAGUGUAUCAAUUUUUUACAACUAUACGAUAUACAUAUUCAUAUCUAGAAUGGUUGAGUAGCUGCUCACAACGAAGUGAGCAUUGAUUUUAUGUAACUGUGUUUAUGUUACUUUCAUUAUUUAUUUAAUCAUUGCCAAAAGGUUUGUUUAUGGUGUACAGUGUGAUUAAGAUUGUAUGUUAAAUUAUUAGUGUCAUUGUGUGCAUUUAUUUUAGAGUAUUACGAAUGGUUAGUGUUAUAUAUCCUAUUCCAGCAAAUGUUACUGUAAGUAAAGUAGCCUCAAAGUUAGACUUACAUUACAGAAAUGUAAAAACACUGUACCAAGAAAUAUUUUACGAAGUAUUUCAAUUUUUGUAUCAGUCCCUAUGUAUCUGCUGCUUUGGGAAAAUACACAAUGAAAUUUAUUCCAAGA